AUGACUUUGAAGGAGGAGCUGGGACAGCUGCUGCUCCCGCUCUCCCAUGAAACGCGACAAGGACUUGAGAGGAAGUGUUUGGACAUGCACCCCUUGGAGCUUUUUGCAGUUUUGUCAGAUGCAUCUCCAACAGUACCUGCGGUGCGCCAGUUGGCUGGAGUCCUUUUGGCCAAGAAGAUUCCAUCAUGUUGGUCCGGAGCGUUGCACGACGGAGACAAAGUCAAGCUUCAAGCUGGUCUCAUUAGUCUUAUGUUGGCUUUGGACGCAUACGACUGGGACGGAGGUGUUGUAAGAAGCCUGGUGGACUGCACUGCAUGCGUGGCCGAUUGUUUGGCUAUGAAAGGCGUUGUGUGGCAGGAUCUUUUCCUAUGGAUACGAGGAAUUGCUUCUGACACCGGGGCUUCAAACAUGCAUGGCCGACCAAGCCUUAUGGGUUCACACACGCGGAAAAGGCGAGCCUUUCUCUACCUGUUGGAUCGAUUGCUGGAGUCACCUGCUUGGCAAGAUCUCCUUGAGCCUCAUGUCAUGGAGGUUUCGGAGCUCUUGUGCCGCAUAGCACUGGGAGCUGGAGCCCAAGCUAAGGUGGAAGAACUUGGGAACAUGCAGAACUUGCUCUCAGAACUUGCUUGCUCGAAACAUGCUUUGGAAUCCCUGGGAUCCCUUGCUGUCGUGGUUCGAGGAGAGGAUGCUGCGCGCAUUUUCCACCAUCAGGUUGUCCAGCUGUUGUUAAGUCAUUCUAUUAUGGGAAGUGACUUGUGCGAAUCUGCACUGGAAGCCUUGUCAAGGGCUGCUGCUGUAGACGAACUGCUCAUCGCUGAUCCUUCCUUUUACCAUCCUGGCUUGGCCCCAGAAGAACUCUGCCCAGUCGUUCAACUGGGACUUACUGCCGCUGUGUCUCAACGUGGAGAGCGGCGCAUGUUGGCGCUUCGAGUGCUAUAUAGUGUCGCAGAGUCUCAUUCUCGCUUGCUUUGCACCUCUGGUGAAAGGGCUGGACAGCUCUCAGCGGAAGAAGUUUUGCAGACUUUGGUGGGACGCGUGGCACCUGACGAGGUACAGGCACGCUUCUUAAUUGACUCAGCUCCUUUUCCUGCAGAGGCUGCUUCAGCAGCUGAGUGGGGUGCCGAAUAUGCUUUGCUUGGGCGGAUUUCCAAGCGCUUGCCAGACAAAUUGGUCCUCCCAGUAAUUUACAAACUGGCUUGCCAGUCUUUGUCGGGAUCAGAUGUCCCCAGCAAAUUGGCAGCUUUUGCUUCCCUACGAGCUGUUCUUGCUGGAUGUAUGUCUUCGGUGAAAAAGCAGCUGCAAAAGAUUGCUCGGAUCGUUUUGCGGGCUUUGACCGAUUCGCAGCUACAUGCAGUGACCUUUGUACUGAUAGCAGAUUUGUGUGGGCUAGUGCCAGCUGAAACCCGAUGUGGUUCCUGUCGUUUGGCUGAGAGAUUGCUUCCUCCUCUCUUGCAGCAGUUGCAAUUGCUUCAGCUUCGAGAUGCAGUUUUUCCAUGUGCUCUCCGGGCAUUGGAAGCCGCAUGCCCACAAAACGGAUUAGGACAAGCCCGGAUGCUUCCAGCCUUUCGCGUACAAAGUAGUGUUGUUGCCAUCGCCUGGACGGUCCAAAAGCUGGAAGAGCUUCUCCAAGCCGGUCGGGACAGCUCUCAGAUAUGGGAUGCUAUUGCUACCCGACUUUGUUCUCUCCUUGCUGCCCUUCUUCACAGGCAGCCAGCCAAACGCAAUGGUGACAAAACCCUGAAGACACUGGGGCACAAAUUGGCAACUAUUCUUCAUCAUAUGCUUAUGUCAGCAUCCAGUCUGGAAAGUCGAUCUAUGGCCUUGGAGGCAUCUGGAGCCUGGAUGAAGCUUUGUCAGUUGUGUGAUAACGGACGGUCCGAUGGUCCAAGAGCUUCCCGCGAGCUCCAAGAGCUUCUUGCGAUUUCAUUGCGUGCAGCUGAGCGUGGGCUACAGGACAUGGACGCAGUGACGGCAGACGCAGCCAUUCGCUUCCUGGUCUCUCUUGGCGCCUUGGCUCCUUCACCCCAAGCGGCCUUUGCAGCUGGCUUGGAGCAAUGUGCUCGGAAGCCAACUCCAGCCUUGUUGCAGGCUCUUGCAUCAUUGUUGGCCUCUACUCAGUGUCUGCCUAUACAAGCUGCCGAAUGGAGUCGAUUGACAACUCUUCUCUCAAGCUUCUUGGAGCAGCCAGAUUUGCGCGGUGCAGCAGCAGAUUUAGUGAGGCAGCUGCCUUUGACCAAGCUGACUGUAGUUCUUCUGGUCCGGAUCGCCACACUCUUGGAUCUAGAGGAUCGGCCAAAAGUGUUCUGCAGCCUUUGCACGGCAGCUGCUCAUAUGGCAGCGCAGGAGCUUGAGCAGCCAGCUGAGGUAUCCGAAGCACUACGAAUCUUGAGGACUGUCGUAGAAAGACUGAAGCAAAAGCGGAGCACGAUGUACAGCCGUGGAAGUCUUGCAGAGAGCUCCGACGAGGACCUUCUAGCACAAUCUGAACGUACUGAAUGCACCGAGUGCACCGAGUACUUCCAGUCAGAAAUCGCAUAUAUAAGCAAAAUAUCCGGUGAGUUCAUCAAGUGA